AUGGCUCCAGGCGGAUGGUCGCUUCUUGCAUUGAUACAGGUAGCCACCUGUCCCUUUUCAGUGGACGGGCGUGCCGAUGGCUUUCUCGUUGAGAAGAAGGGUCUACGAGCCCGCAGCCUGGAUGCAGAAGCCUUCAAGUCGGAGGUCCGAAAUGCCAUGGACGAGGCAUUGGGCUGCGGCGGGGAGGUCACCGAAGAGCAUCUGCAGGCGACAGAAGAGGAUCUCCGCAAGAUGUUUGUCACACUGCCAAAGAACAGCAAUGGGCGUCUGGAGAGAAGAUCGCUGAGGUAUCUCGUGUACCGCUAUUUUCAUCGACGCUCGGCUUUGGUGCUCCGAGGCUUCGAGCCAACUCGCCUUGUCAAUGAAUCAACGUGGGGUGCUGCCGAUAUUCUUAGUGAACAGGUGCCUGGAUUUGUGGAGUCAGUGCUGCAUUCAAGCCACGUAGCAGAGAGCGGAUUUGAUUUGCGAGAUGCUGCUUAUAUGGUCGCGACGCUGGAACAGCUCAUCUUCGACUCGGAGAGUGCCCUCUUGGAGAAGGUCUUCAACUUGCAGCACAAGCCACUGUCACGGGCGCUCUCCGAGCAGGGUCUCCAACAACUCUUAGAGGCAUACAUCGCGGUGUGGAUGGCAGGUGACGACAUUGUUCCCUUGCUGGGGAACAACCGAGAGCUCGGGCAGGUCUUUCCUCAUUGGGACCAGCUUCUGCUCUUCGCGAGUGGCCAGAUCUCGGCUUUGAACUACCUCCGCGAGAGCGACCCGAAGAUCAACAUCCAGUCUGGAGGUAAUGCUUUGCUCAAGCGUUACUCCUUCACUGAUGCGCACACCGUUGUAGGUGGUAUCACAAAGUCAUUCGCAUCCUACUGGGAAUCUGAGUGUCGGGCCAUGAAGCAAAAGCUUGUGAGCUUGGACAAGCGGCGAACGGGCCGGGUGCCUCUGUCCAAGUUCUAUGGCAAGUCCCUCACUGACGCUGAAUGGCGAUUCGGUGAGUCGGAGUCAUAUCUUCGGGAGCUGGGAGCCUUGGAUGAGACAUCCUGGCUGGGAAAGCAGGUGAUCAUCUCGAAUUACAUCCAGGGUGCCUCAAAUUGCAUCGUUACCGCCUCUCACUACUCUGUGUGUUGCAUCAACGAGUGCGAGCCGAUCAUGGAGGAGAUCGAGGCGGCUGUUGAAGGGCCGCUGGCAGAUCCGGACUUCAUGCUCUCUCUUGUUGGCAACAUGACUAGCCUGACGACGUUGGAGGACGAGGUCGACGUGCACUUGGAUGAGUCCUUGGUUUCGCAGCUCCAGUCCAUUGCUAAAGCCCAUGGCGGCAAGGUUCCGAUCCAUGGUCGGCUCUUUGCGCAGUGGCUUCACUACGUCUUCCCUCGCGAUUGCUCCUUUCCUCACAAGUCGGGGGCCGCCCAGUCGCUCUCGCCCACCCAGUUCGGCGAUGGCUAUCUGGCCUCCGACGACGAGAUGGAAGCCCACGCCAAGGACACCAAAGCAGAGAUUCCUCUUGCAACAAUGAAGAAGGAGGAGCUUCAGUGGAUGUCCCAGUGGAGUGAAGAUGAGGAGCUCAUCGCGAGCUACAGCGGACUGCUUGCCGGCCCUUCCUCUGUCUUCCAGGGUGGUGCUUCCAAAACUGUCGUCGCGCUGGGAUUUGGGCUGUUCAUGCUUGCAGCACUGAUUGGUGGUGUCAGCUUCAAUCGCAAGGUGCCGAAUCAGGACUUUCUCCUGCCGAGUGCCGGCAAGACGCACUUCGUCUAG